GUUUCUCGCAACUCCGUAAGACGUUGCUAUUGCCAUGGACAAUUGCUGUUCACACUAAUGCUCAGUGUAGAACCAGUAUAUAAGAAGAAUGGAUUCUAUGAGGUCUCAGAUGAUUUGAACUUUUCAUUAUCUGAAAUAUACUAUACAAAAUGUCUCAAAAAUUAGCUACCGAAAUUGACCUCCCAUUAAACGAUGGCCACAGAAUUCCGGCUUUAGCCAUUGGUACUCUUCCUCCAGAUCUUCCACAAAGGGUCACUGCACAAGUUAUUACUGCUGUCAAAGCAGGUUAUCGUCAUAUUGAUACUGCUUGGUACUACGGUACAGAAAAAUAUGUCGGGGAAGCUUUGAAACAUUUGUUUGCAGAAGGUUAUAAACGUGAAGAUCUUUUCAUUACCACCAAAGUCUGGCAUUCUUUCUGGCACAGUCCAGAAAAAUCAUUGGAUAAAUCUUUAUCUGAUUUGGGAAUUUCAUACGUUGAUUUGCUUUUACAGCAUUGGCCUGUUUGUUCCCAUGGUGAUGAAAAUGGACUUCCAGCUGAACCAAUGGAAGGCGAUUAUGUUAAAUAUGAUGAUGAUCCAGUAACUGGAACAAAAUUCAUUGAUUUUUAUAACGCCAUUGAAGAUAUUAAGCUCAACACUAAUAAAGUGAAAUCAGUUGGUAUUUCUAACUACUCAAUUCCAAAAUUAAAGCAAUUGUUACCAAAAGUUAAGAAAUUUGUUCCUGCUGUCAAUCAAAUCGAAUUAUCACCUCAUUUACCUCAAAAAGAUUUGACUGAUUUUUGUGAUCAACAUAAAAUCAUUGUGUCUGCUUAUAGUCCUGUUGGUGGUACUGGUGCUCCUGUUGUGAAGGACCCUUAUGUUGUUGAACUUGCUACGAAAUAUGGCGUUGAACCUAAUGAUAUUACUAAUGCUUAUCAUAUUUUAAAUAACAGGGUAUCCAUUCCAAGAAGCUUUAAUCACGAUAGAAUUAAAAAGGCCAUCAUAUUGCCUCGUCUUUCAAAGGAUGAAUUGGACAGUCUCUAUAAACUCGGGGAGGAAAAUCCAAGAAGAUACACAAACGAUCCUUGGGGUUACGGUUUAGGCUUCAGAUGGUGGGAUGGUGAUACUCUCUCCAAAGAAUUUGAUUAAUUAUAUAAAUCAAUAAUUAACAAUAACAUACUUUGUUG